GCCGGGAGCCAGGCGAGGAAGCGCAGGAGAGAGAGAGAGGCAGAGAGCGAGGUCUCGUCAAGGAGCGCAUGUAUUGAGGACCAUUGGGAGUCCUUUCUCCCGCGCGAGUGGGACUGUUUUCCACCCCAUUGAAAAAAAAAAAAGACAGAGAAGCGACCCACGAUGCCGGCGGAUACUAUGGAGAAGCCCACCGCCUCUCCAAUCGCAGGGGCUCCAGCCAACUCCAGCCAGACCCCCGACAAGCCCAAGAGCGCCAGCGAGCAUAGAAAGUCUUCCAAACCCAUCAUGGAAAAGCGCCGCCGCGCCAGGAUUAAUGAAAGCCUCGGCCAGCUCAAGACUCUCAUCCUGGAUGCCUUGAAGAAAGAUAGCUCCAGGCACUCCAAGUUGGAGAAAGCAGAUAUCCUGGAAAUGACAGUCAAGCACCUACGAAAUCUCCAAAGAGCCCAAAUGACAGCCGCUCUGAGCGCUGAUCCGACCGUUCUGGGCAAAUAUCGGGCUGGAUUUAACGAAUGCAUGAACGAAGUCACCCGCUUCCUUUCCACCUGCGAAGGCGUGAACACCGAAGUCCGCAGCCGCCUCCUGGGCCACCUCUCCACUUGUCUGGGUCAGAUCGUGGCCAUGAAUUACCCGCCACCCCCACCGCCACCUCCGGCUGCAGGCGGGCAGCCGGCGCAUAUGGCGCAACCGCUGCACGUCCAGCUGCCAGGCCCAGCAGCCCCAAGCGGGGCAAUGCCAGUGCCGUGCAAAAUGAACCCUGGCGAAGCCAUGUCCCCAAAGGUCUACGGGGGUUUUCAGCUGGUACCGGCGACCGACGGCCAGUUUGCUUUCCUCAUCCCGAACCCAGCUUUCCCGCCUGGCACCGGGCCAGUGAUUCCUCUCUACGCCAAUACAAACAUGCCAGUUUCCUCUGGCAGUUCGACAGCAACUCCGUCAGUCUCCCCAGUGCAAGGUCUCACAUCCUUCGGCGGGAGCUUAGCAUCUGUCUCCCAAGCUGGCGGGGAGCGCGGCGAUGCUGUCUGGAGGCCCUGGUGACUCUCCCUUGGCUUUUCCCUUCCUGAAUUUGGCUCCGUUGUAUGGAGCCAGGACUUCUGAGUUUUGGUCCUGUUUGUAUUCCCCGCCCCACCCCCCCAAACUCUAUUUAUUUGUUUCCAAAGUCUGUAUUUUUACUCCUUUUUAAAAAAACUGCAAACAAAAACGUUGUGUGAAAUAUUUCCGUUUCUAUGAAAAAAAAGUCUUAGUUUUGUAUCAAAUAUUCCCACAUGCUAUGCCAAAGCUUCUUUGUGUGAGUGAGUGAGUCUGUGUAUGCCUGAGGAUUUUCUUUCGUUUUGGAAGAUGUUUAUACAAAUAAACUUUCUUGAACUAGCA